UCACCACAUCACACUGCUCGGAACAAUUUGUAAAUGAACUAAUCCUACAGUACUUUUGAAUCAUAAGAAAAUGUAUUACUUUGAGUUGUAGAUUGUUUUGGGAUUAGGAUCAGGUUUGAGCUAUGGUAAAGGUGGAAUUAGCAACACGAUUGCCUUUAAAAGGGAAGUUUUAGUGGUUAGGUGUUUCAGGAUUCGUUUGUUUCACGAUGUUUCAUACCAAGGAGCCGAAACUCCACCGGACUGAGGCUGUUCGAGGAUUAUAUCCUCUUCAGAAAAGUGUAAAUUUUGAUAAAAAAAUACCUUAGUUGGCACUCAACAAUUGUUUUAGACUCAAAAGUCACUUUUAUUUAGGUCUAAAUUUUGAUAGAAUCUAAACUUAGCUGUGUUUAGCCAGCACAAGUAUCAGCACUGUAUUAUAUGAUAUUAAGGCGGUAAAUAAAAUCGAUUGAACCUUGGAAGAGUUACUCUCCGGGCCGUCUGAAGUGGUGAUUCCGAGGGCUUUGAACAUUGUAUAAAUUGACUUUUUCUACUGCUGAAGUGCUUUGAACAUCAUCCGUGCUAACAAUACAGGUUUUUAUUUUAUUUUUUUGUUUGCUACUUGAAUGUACUUUCUUGUUAAGCCUAUUGUAAAAUAAUGUACAGCAACUUUACGCCUCGUCGGUCCAUUAGAGGUGUUGGAAGGCAACUAUUUUUAUAAAUAAUUUUACUUUGCAGCUAAAGUGAUUAUUAGUUCUUGUAGAUAUUAUACACUUUGAGGAAAACUGUUCUUUACUGAUUACCUGCUUGAGAAAGAUAUUUUUGUAAGUGAAUGUAUGUUAUGUUGUGAAGCUUUAAACCAUAAAGAUGGUUUCUUACGUUUAAUCGUUUUGAUUAUGUCUAUAGAUUUUGAAAUUGUAGUGUCAGAAUUUGUGAAUGGAUUGUAUUUUUUCAGUUUAAUUUUAAGUGAAGCUGAUAAAUAAUUGUGUUAAGCCUAAGCUAAUCUAGUGAUUAAAGCGCGGGACUUCAGUCCUGAAAUCGUGGGUUAGAAUCGUGCAGAUCGUCAGUAGCAAUGUACUUUUAUGAUAAUGCCAUGACCCAGAUAUUCGGAUCAAACUUAAGCUGUUGAUCAAGUAUGAAAAAUACUAAAUAAUUAGAAUACAUUUAAAUUUACUGAGCUAUUUCAAAGUUAUACAUUGUAAAAAUGUUUUUCAAAAUUAAUUAAGUGAAUGGAAAAUUUGAUUUUGCCAACAAGUCUUAAAAAUCUUAUACCCUCCCUUGGUAAAAGAAAUAAUGCAUACAUUACCUAAAUUAUAAACUUUCAAAACAAUAAGACAAAGUUGUAGAGUUGUAAAGAGAAAGGUGUCCUGAUAUGUUUCAUAACCGCGUCAGCUGUCGCAUAUCAAUGCAAUGGUCUAUAAAGGAAGUGCCUGCUUGCUUUUGUAAUGCCGUCCUUGGCUAAGCCGUUAUUGAUUCUGGCAAAUUGAGUUAGUGUGCUUAGUGACUGAGUGAGUGAAGCCUUAGCGUAGGCUUCAGUCUUCCUGGACCGGGGGACCCGUCUCUUCCCCAGGAAGCAGCCUGGAUUAAGCAGCAACCAUGACAAAGAAGUUUGAAUUUAACUGGCACAUCCCUGUGCCUGAACCCCUCCUCCAGGGAUGCGUCUUUGACCGCUGGCAAGAGGAGAAGGAUUCCUCGGAGUCUGAACCUGCAUGCAUGUUCAAGGUUGACGAGUAUGGAUUCUUCAUUUUUUGGAAAAGCGAUGGAAAGGAAGGAGAUGUUAUUGAGCUGUGUCAAGUUAGUGAUAUUCGCGCCGGUGGUUUACCAAAAGAUUCUCGCCUACUUCAGCAGUUAGUGAACAAGCAUGGGGAAAAUUUAGAGGAAAAAUCUCUCACAAUCUGUAGUGGAACUGACUACAUAAAUAUCAACUAUCAACAUGUGAUUUGCCCUGAUGCGGCGACUGCCAAGACAUGGCAGGAAGGCUUGCGCAAGAUUACCCAUAAUAACAAGAUGAACAAUGUAUGCCCUCGGACCAAUUUAAUGAAACAUUGGAUGAGACUCGGCAUGUUGGUGGAGAAGAAUGGGAAAGUUCCGGUCAAAGUUGUGGCUCGAACGUUCGCUUCUGGUAAAACAGAGAAGUUGGUGUACCAGUGUCUAUCUGACUUGGGAUUGCCCAGUGGAAAAAAUGAUGUAAUUGAACCAGGAGACUUCACGUUUGACAAGUUUUAUGAACUGUACCACAAGAUCUGCCCAAGGAAUGAUAUUGAGGAGCUUUUCCAGCAAAUCACACAAGGUAAAGCCGACACUAUCAACAUUGAUCAAUUCAUCAACUUUCUGAAUGAGAAACAGCGAGAUCCUAGGCUGAAUGAGAUCCUGUAUCCACUGUAUGAUGAGAAGAGAGCAAUUGAGAUCAUCAACACCUACGAACAGAAUGAUGAAGCCAAGACAGAAAAGAAACUGACCAAGGACGGACUCAUCCGCUACCUGAUGUCAGAUGAGAACGCCCCUGUGUUCCUGGACCGUCUGGAGUUCUACAUGGACAUGGACCAGCCGUUGGCCCAUUACUACAUCAACUCUUCCCACAACACCUACCUCUCCGGACGACAGUUCGGUGGCAAGUCGUCCGUCGAGAUGUACCGACAAGUGCUGCUGGCUGGCUGCAGGUGUGUGGAGCUGGACUGCUGGGAUGGAAAAGGAGAAGAUGAAGAACCAAUCAUCACCCACGGCAAGGCCAUGUGUACCGACAUAUUGUUCAAGGACGUCAUCUACGCUCUGCGAGACACUGCAUUUGUCACCACGGACUACCCCAUCAUCCUGUCGUUUGAGAACCACUGCUGCAAGAGCCAGCAGUACAAGUUGGCUAAGUAUUGUGACGAGAUUUUGGGCGAUCUUUUGCUGAAGGAACCGCUACCUGAGUGGCCGUUGGAACCAGGAGCUCCGUUGCCACCACCGAGUGCUCUCAAACGCAAGAUCAUGAUCAAAAACAAGCGGUUGAAGCCUGAAGUAGAGAAGCAGGAAUUGGAGCUCUUCAGACAGGGACAGUUUGUCAUCGAGGAUGAGGAAAAAGAAGAUGCUACAGCACCUGUAGACCCCAACAAAAAGCUGGAGGAGUUAGCAGCAGCUGAGGCCCAGGCGGUCCCCGAGGCAGCUGGAGACGCUCCUCCCGUCCCUAUACAGUACACUGGCUCCACCACUAAUGUACAUCCUUGGCUGUCGUCCAUGGUCAACUACGCUCAGCCUAUCAAGUUCCAGGGAUUCGAUAUUGCCGAGAAUAAGAACAUCCAUCAUAACAUGAGUUCGUUUGCUGAGACAACUGGUCUCGGUUACCUCAAGUCUCAAGCUAUUGAGUUUGUCAACUACAACAAGCGACAGAUGAGUAGAAUCUACCCCAAAGGCACACGUGCUGAUUCCUCCAACUAUAUGCCUCAGGUAUUCUGGAAUGCUGGCUGCCAAAUGGUGUCACUAAACUUUCAAACAUCAGAUCUUCCGAUGCAGUUGAACCAGGGUAAGUUUGAAUACAACGGCAACUGUGGCUACUUGUUGAAGCCAGACUUCAUGAGACGAGCGGACCGAAGCUUCGAUCCUUUUGCAGAAUCACCAGUAGACGGUGUCAUCGCUGCCCAGUGCGCUGUACAGGUGAUAGCCGGCCAGUUCUUGUCGGACAAGAAGGUAGGGACGUAUGUUGAAGUGGACAUGUACGGUCUGCCUACGGACACCAUCAGGAAAGAGUUCCGCACUCGGAUGGUGCCGAGCAACGGGCUCAACCCUGUCUACAACGAGGAGCCGUUCCUCUUCAGAAAAGUUGUGUUGCCCGACCUGGCAGUACUCAGGUUCGGAGUGUACGAUGAGAACGGCAAACUGCUAGGUCAGCGUAUUCUACCUCUGGACGGUCUACAAGCAGGCUAUCGUCACAUCUCUCUGCGUACUGAGGCCAACUUCCCCAUGUCACUGCCUAUGCUCUUCUGCAAUGUCGAGCUCAAGAUUUACGUUCCUGACGGAUUCGAAGAUUUCAUGGCGGCCUUGUCGGACCCCAGGGCGUUCUUGUCCGCUCAGGAGAAGCGAGCUCAACAGAUGAAGGCCAUGGGUAUAGAAGAGACUGACAUCAACACCAAGGACCUGGCCGGGGGUGGCGAGGGAGGCGGCGUCAAGAAGGGCAGCAAGUCGGAGAAAUCUGGAGCCAAGCCGGCCGAGAAGAAGGAAGAGGAUAUUAAGUUUGAAGAUAUCAAUCUUGAAUCUCUAAAGAACGAAAAAGCGUUCCAAAAGAUUGGACGAAAGCAGCAGAAGGAACUGGACUCGAUGCGCAAGCGGCAGACCAAAGAGAAGAUGGGCAUACAGAAGCAGCAAUGUGCCGCUAUUGAGAAGGCAGUUAAGGGCAAAAACAAGAGUGAAGUUGUGUCAGACGCAAGCAUUCGUAAGCUGGUGACGGAGCAGAUGACUCAAUGGUCCGAGAUGAUGGAACGUCAUCGCAAGGAGGAGUGGGGCAUUCUGAAGCAACAGGUUGAAGAGCAGAAGGACCAUUUGCAAAGGAUCAUUGAGCAAGUUCAGGCGACUCAGAUGAAACAGUUGGAAGGAAAACAUGAAAGGGAAAUGAAGGAGAUGAACACCAGACAAGCAAAAAUAUCUGUUGAAACCAUGAAAGAGGUGCAAAACGACAAAACUCUUCGAACGAAAGGAGAAAAGGACAGAAGGUUGCGAGAGAAGAAACAAAAUAACACAAAGAAGUUCAUGGAUGAGAGGAAGUUUGCUUUGAUGAAGCAAAGCAAAGAGAAAGAUAAGCUGAACACUAAGCAUGAGAAACAAAAACAAGACUUGCAGAAGGAAGUGAGCGGGCUUCUAGAAAUGUACAAGAAUGAAGAAAUUGAAUACGAGUUGUCGAACAAGGUUGAGUUUUUCGCUUAAGUUUUGAAAAUAAUCUUCGCAAGUUCAAAAUAUCUAGUCAACUUGAAGAGGAGAGGAAUUUCAAGGAAGUUAUUGCAUAGUUUGUCUAACCUGAAUCAGAAUAAUUUAUUGCUUAAUUUAUUUUUAUAUUUAAACUCAAGCACGUUGUGUGCAAAUACUCUCAACUCAAUACACUUGUUCAGUGAGAAGAAACUAAAGUCCUGAGAGAAAACAUGAAGGGCUGGAUCUCAAUCAAAAAAUUUAACACUAGCGUCUUUUAAGAGGUAAUUUUUCAUUUGUAAAUACUAAUUAAGCUAAGAUAUUUCUACAACAGCCUUUAACUAACUAAUGAGAUGAUAUUUAUAUUUAAGAGGAAAUAAAAUUUCAAAACUUGAUGUGGAGUAUUCGUAGCAUAAGUUAGCAAAGGUAUUUCUGUGCUCUAUAGAACUUAACAAAUCAAAUCUAAUUAAAUGUUGAACGGAAAGAGAUCACUUAAUGUUUUACGGACGAAUUAAAAAUUCUGUGGUAUGUUCAGAAGAAAUAAUUCAUUCUUAACACAUAUUAUUCAAAUUGAAACAAAAUAUUUACUAAAUAAUGAUUAUUUUGUUUUGUAAUCAUUAUAAUGUUUAUUUUCUAUUCUCACGACAGAAAAACAUUUACCCACAUUUAGAGAUGAUUAUAAGCCUUAUUGGAGCACUAUUUUGCACAGAGAAGUAAUAAAAAUUUAACUUAUGGUAGUAGCAUUAAGACUCAGAUAUAAUUACAUUUUACCACGAUAAAAAAAAUUAGUUUUCAUUCUUUACUAAUUAAGGAAAUUGGAAUUGUUUAAUGCAAUAUUUCAGAAAUAAUGGUAAGAAGGUAUUCUUAUCUUCCAUAUAUUUAUAGUCUUGUUCAGGAUUGAAAACAAUAUAUAAAGGUCUCUUAAAGGCUCAAAUUUUAACCAUUUGUGCAAAAAGUUCAUAUCGACUUUUCAAAUAAAGACCUCGAAAUGGAGAUGCAAUUAUUCAUUACAUUUAUUCAACAGUUCAUUGAAAUAAAAUAUUGUAUUGAUAGGUUUUGUUUUAAAAUAUAUUUUAGCUUUAAUUUUGCAUUUGUUUUCAAACAGGUUGUUUAUAAGGUUGUUGUUUUUUUACAAUUUGAUAUAUAAAGUGUUCUUUUCAGUUUAGAUUUACUUUAAUAUAGUAGUUUUAUUUGAUUGACUUGUAACUCCAGAGUGAAUCAGCCUAUUUAUAUAAUCUAACAUUAAGUAAAUUAUAAUAACAAUGUUAUUAUAUUAUCUGUUAAGAAUAUAAAUGAUUUUAAUGUUAACAUUUACAUAUGUAACAAAAAGCAGUUCUAUGUCUAUUUUUAGAUAUUUAAUCCUACUCUUAGUGCACUUAUGUAAUUGUGUUUUAUUGGAAUUAUAGUUACCAUGUUUUGUUUGGCUGUUGAAUCAUUAAAGAUUUUUAUCGGCAGUAUUGGCCCUUGAACAAAUUAACACUCGUUACCAGUAGUGUACAAGUAGACAAAUCUUCACUCGUAAUUUUGAGACGUAAAUAAAAGACUUGUUAGAAAAACUAGUUCCAAAGAGAAUACCAUUGAUUUAUUUGGGCCAAUACUCAUCCUUGGUUUGAAAUUUGUUGUUCGUAAUGUUGUAUAAAUUGUUCCUAAAUAUGAUAAAAGAUAUUAGCUACUCGUAGUGAAAUAGUCUUCCUGGUUCACAUGGAAUUGAUAUAUUAUGUUUAAAUGGUGUGUAAUUAUUUGUUAGGUAGUUUGGGUUUUAAACCACUGAGUGUUUUGUAUUUAAUUUUGUCUAUCAAAAGUUUUUUUCAUAUGACAGGGAUCACUAAUUUUAAGGUCCAACACGUUUUUUCCACUUCUUUUCUCACAAAUAAUAUUUAAUGACCUAAGACUUAGCUUUUAUAAGUUUAGAAUGAUUUUUAGAAAAUUAUCAUGAUUUUUAGCAAGUUCUGGGGUACAAAGUUUUAACAGUAUACAUGUCAUAAUGGGAUCGUAGUUGCUUAUUAAAAAGUUUCUUUGAGUUCCAGUUGAAAUAAUAUCUAUUGAAUAAAUCAUUGUACACAACCCUUAUUUAACGUGUACUUUACGGUAAAAAAGAUAAAGCAUUUCAAUGUACUUUAUAAUAAAACAUUAUUCAGAUAUUUUUAGAUGUUCUACAUAAAUUUUGAGAAAAAAAAAAACAUAUUGUCUAGGUUGAAGUUUUUAGGUUUCUUAGAACUAUUGAACAUAUUUUUAUGAGGAAGACUUCUUGUGUUUUUUUUUUUUUUUUUGGGGGGGGGUUGCUUGCUCUUAAAAUUGCAAAUUCUGAUCCCGAAAGCACGCAUAAUUUAUUUAGUUAAUCCUUAACUAAUUUGUUGCGUUUUAAUAUUACAUACAAUCUGUACAGAUGAAAAUUGGUUAAGAUUGAAUACUCUAUUGGGUUAUUGGGUGUUUGGUAAGUUUUUUUUUUAUACUUAGCGUUAAAUUUUAAAUAUGGAAUUAAUCAGGGUAAUCCAAGAAAUUAAUUUAUUUUCUCCUUAAAUUAAAAGUACACCAAAAUAGAGUGUUAAGCAUGGACAGGGUAUUUUCAUUGUUAUUGUUGGCAUUUAAACACUGUUAUGUUUAUCUUACUACAAAACAUAUAAUUUUGUGGUUUAAGCCAAUAUUUUAGUUUUUAUACAUCGAUAAAAAUGUGUGCCAUCAAUUAUAUAGUUGUUGUAUACUAUGGUUUGCAAAUCAUAGCUUUUUGGACCUUUAAAGGUUCUUUAUUUAUUUUUGUGUGUUUUUGUGCCAACAACUUCUCUGAAUUUAUGUAGUAAGUAAAAAAUGACAACAUAAAAAUACAAUUAAAUUCAGUCGCAUGGAUUUAAAUGUAUGGUUUGAGAAAAAAACUAUAGUCACUUACCUACUCAAUGCAUUAUUAAAAUUUGGUCUGCUUAUCGUAAGACAAGAGACGGUUACUAUUCAACCCCUUCAUUUGAAUGAAACUACCCUAAAAAUUUUAACAACAUUUAUGCUGUUUAACUAAAGUAACUAAUGUUCUUUAAAGGUCACUGAUGAUUUUAACAAGUUACAGCGCUAUGUUACACAAACUGAUUGUGCUGAAAUGUUAAACUGAAUAUUAUUUGUAUAGUGUUCUGUUAUUUUUAAGAAUGUUGUACCUCGUAAACAUAAAUUUUAUAAGUUUAAAAAAUACAUUUUAGUUCUCUC